UUCCACUACAAGUGUUACCCUGUGGGAAAUACUCUGCCAGGGACUUAGAGGCAUAAAAAGUUAUCGUUCUUGAAACGGCCGGGGCACGAAUGCUAUUUAUAAUCAUCGUUUUCAGAAAACGUGUAAUUGACGCUGAGCUGCAUCGUUUACUCACAACGGGUUCAGGAACAAAAGAGAAUGGCAGCCAUGGGAGCGCUUUCUGUUAUUGUCGCAUGUUUAGUUGUUAUUCUGGUCACCUUGGGCGGUAGCCAUGGUUACCAGUGCUGCACAAGUUAUACGGAUUACAGCGGGACCUACCACCCAUCCGAACUGUGCGAAAACUACUGCUGCUUUCAGUUGAACUUGAAAAACUACAAGGUCUGCUGCAACGAUGCGUUGAUGAUGGUUCCCUUCUCGGAAAGGGACCAAGACUCCUGCGUGAAGAGCUGGAUAGUGGAACACAUUUGGGUGCCAAUCGUGUGCGGCCUUGUUCUGCUUGGCCUGAUCGUGCUGCUGACCUGCUGCUGUUGCUGCGGAUGUUGUGCCUGCUGCUGUCGCAGCGGCAGUGGUCGGGUGGUGAUCCACUCAGCCGUACCACAGACCAGCGUGCUCAUGUCUACGCAGCAAACUACGAACGUCAUGCAUGCCGGGUACGAUCAGUAACUCCGCGGACUUCUGAAUCAGGGGAAGUAAUACGUUGCCAAUGCUCCGGGAAGUUAUGUUGCAUUGUGGGAAGAGACGGAACUCGUAUUCUCUGGAAAAAAAUGACAGCAUUACAAAGUGUCAAGUUAAUAAAUCAAUAACAAACAAUAGCUUAUGUUUUAAUUCUUAUUAAAAGUGAUAUAAUUCUCUCAUUUACAUAUAAUACGAUAAAGUUAGUAAUUGUAAUAAUUUCAACCGCAACUGAUACGUGCUAUUGGUGUUAAAUACUAGUGUUUGUAUUGAAAUGUAUAAUGAUUAUUAAAUUGUUAUUCUUUUUAAGAUGCGAACUUUAACAUAAAAAAUGAACGUGCUGUGAUGUAACCGUGUACCAAAUGUUUGCAUCAUAAUGGUGUAAUGUUUACGUGGACUUUUGUUUUAGAAGUUAUACCAUGAACAUAUUUUCAAGCCAUUAAUUUUUGCAUAUUUUUGUUUCAUUUGUAUAAAAAAGUACAUCAACAUGUUUUUAAUUUAAGUACAAAAGAGAAAACGCCAGUUUUAUCAUUUAGUUGCUUUAUCUUUUACUCCCGCUAGUUCUAUGUUUUAGUAAUCUGAAUUUCAGUUGUGUGUAUGUAACAUUGUUUGAAAUUUACCCUUAUGAAUCUGCCUAUAUGUAUAUAGACCUCUUCUUACAUGUUCAUGUUAUAAAAAAACAAAAUUAAUAAAAGCACUUUUUCAUUAAAAUUUAAACAUGUGUACAGUUUCCGUAAUUAAAUGAAUGUACACUAAUAUCUUAAAUAUUUUUUAUAUCAAAAGUCUUGGAAAGAAAACAACACGUAUUAUAGUACAUGUUUUACACGUAUUUGUCUCGUAGAAUCAGCUAUGCAAAUUCAUUUACUUAUCGAAUACUGUCUUUAUUCAAUAUCACAGAACGUCUUGUUGUCUGUCCCUCUAAAUAUUUUGUAAUUAAACUGAAAUGUUUAAGUGCCUUUAAGAUGUCUUUGUAUUAGGUACUCGGACCAUGUGCGGAUAUACAUCGCCUUCUUAACUAUUUGUUUCACAACCAACACGUAGCUGUACAUACUUUAUCAAAGGGACCUGGCUAUGUGGAUUUAGAUUUUUAUGCCCCCCUUCGAAGAAGAGGGGGUAUAUUGCUUUGCGCAUGUCGCUUGGGGCUAGGAUCAUGAAACUUCAUAGGUACAUUGAUCAUGACUCGCAGAUGACCCCUACUGAUUUUGAGGUCACUAGGUCAAAGGUCAAGGUCACGGUGACCCGAAAUAGUAAAAUGGUUUCCCGAUGAUAACUCAAGAGCGCUUAGGCCUAGGAUCAUGAAACUUGAUAGGUAGAUUGAUCAUGACUCGCAGUUGACCCCUAUAGAUUUUCAGGUCACUAGGUCAAAGGUCAAGGUCACAGUGACCUGAAAUUGUAAAAUGGUUUCCGGAUGAUAACUCAAGAACGCUUAGGCCUAGGAUCAUGAAGCUUGAUAGGCAGAUUGAUCAUGACUCGCAGAUGACCCCUAUUGAUUUUAUGGUCACUAGGUCAAAGGACAAUGUGACCCGAAAUAGUAAAAUGGUUUCCGGAUGAUAACUCAAGAACGCUUAUGGCUAGGAUCAUGAAACUUCAUAGGUACAUUGAUCACGACUGGCAGAUUUUCAGGUCACCAGGUCAAAGGUCAAGGUCACAGUGACAAAAAACAUAUUCACACAAUGGCUGUCACUACAACGGAGAGCCCAUAUGGGGGGCAUGCAUGUUUUACAAACAGCCCUUGUUUUAAAUGUCUUUUUCUGUUAUUUUUUAUGUGUUAUUUUAUUGUGUGCACAUACACUCUCUUAGUAGUUUUUGUUUUUGUACAUGGGGCCAAGUAUAUGUUGUGCACUUAGUUUUAUUUUAACAGUUUUUAUUUUCUUUGCAUUUUGUUGUAUUAUUCUCUCAUGUUUCUCCGUUUAAUAAAUAUCUCUAUAAAAGAA